AAGAUUUAAAAAGUAAAGUUCUCAGUUUUCAUUUUAGUCCUUCUCAAAACAAGCAGAGAACUAAAUGUUGAACAACGAUCAAGAUCCAUGGCUAGCACCAGACAAGCUUUAUCACAUCCUUUUCUGUCUCUCCCUUACACUGUUCUUCUCCAAAUUAGCCUCUUUGACACGUUAUUCCUUUCUACAUAAGUACUCUAUUCAAAUCGGAUCCAUACUCUCUCUAGCCGCCGGCGCCGCUAAGGAGGCUGCUGACCACUUCGGAUUCUUCCCCUCUGCCGGUGCCUCGUUUAGGGAUGCAGUAGCUGAUCUUGUUGGUGUGUUAAUAGCUGCAUUUGCACUCUCAAUUUGUAGAAAACGGGUUGGGUCAGAGUCGGUUCAUAGUCAGACCCGACGGGUUUUGCCCGUUUGAGUUGUUGAUUAAAGAUAAUUGUUUUGUGGGUUGUGAUAAUUCUGGGAGUAGAAUGGUUUUGUGGAGUUAAAUUCGUGAUUUGAAAGGGGAAAAUUUGGUGGGUUGGUGAAAAUGAGAAGGAAAAGAAUGGAGCUUUUGACUUUUGAGUUGUGCAAAUUUGGUGAUGACUUGUUUUUUUUUAUGGAGAUGGAAGUAGACCAGUUGAGCUAGGUAGCACGGACACGGGCUCAAAGAAAUGGGACACUUGGACACGGACACAGUGAAUAGUAUCCAAUGGAGUGCCUGUGCUACCUAGCUUCCCAGCAUUGCCUGCAGGUGUUGAAGGAAGUUGUAAGGUUUAGUAUUUGCUGUAAAUGCAUUUUAGUUGGAAAGUAACUGAAAUUUGGCACUCUUGUCACAUGGGCUUUAGAGGCAUUUAGCUUUAAUCUAUAAUUAUUGUUGGAGGUACUGGCAUCUGAUGUUGAUCAUAUUAGCUGUUUUCACUGUGUUCAAGCUUCAUUGAAAAGUUUGUAGUAAUAAAAGAUUCGACUAGCAACUUAGGGCUAGGGGUGUGUGUAUUCGGUUCAAACUGAAUCAAAUUAGAAUUUUGAUUUUAUACAAAAUUGAACCAGUUUGAUAAGAAUUUGAGAUAUUUCAGACCGAACUGUGCUGAAUCAGUCGGUUUGGUUGGUAUUUCAGUUUGGUUUGUGUCAAAAAUGAACUGUACUUUCAGUUUCAGAUUGGUUUGAGUAUUCAAUUUGGUUUGUUUUCUGCACUUGUUCUAUAAAUGCCACAAACAAGAGAAGAAGAAGUAAUGACAAGUAUUAUGGGGCAACGAAAUGGCUUUUCUAGGACCAUCUUUAUGGAAUCUCAGUAUGUGCUUUAGAUAAACAUUUGCAUAUAUGAUCGAUGCACAUCCUCAAUCUAUGCAUGAUUUAUCUCUCUUACAUGUAUAUGUAACUACAAACUAAUGUGCAGUGGUUUGACAUAAUUAAUUUCUUUCCUAAUGUAGGAUUAUCUGCACAUUAACCCGAAUUUCAGGAUUAUUUCUAUACAUCUACUGUUGGCGUUAGCGUUGGAUCACCUCCGGAAGCUCGUUGCCGUUGAAGGCAUUUCACGAGCAUCGCCAUUUUUGACCUCCGGCAAUUUGACAGCAGAAUAAGUUCCAGCUCCACACAAUGCGCCAAGAAUCGGGGCAGUAAGUACUAUGCAUAUACAUGGUGGGUUGUAUUCAAAUGCAUUGAGUGUGCUUUUCUGGAGAAAGAUGACCGACAUACCCGGCGAUUAGUAUGUUGAGCAUGACAGUAGCUCCGACCGCGAUUCCUGCCAACUCUCCCACCUGCAUGCAUGUGUUCAGGACUUUACUUUCAUUGAAGAAGAAGAAAAAGUGACUUUUUGUGAUUCAUUGAUGUAUAUGAAGAAGAAAAAAACAAUUCAGAGGUUAAAGAAUAUUAUGGAUCGUGUGAAUAUAUUAUUGUAUGUGUAGGUUUGAUAGUGAUCAUAGAAAAAUGGAUUUUUUAAAGCUA